AUGAGGCCCGAAAUGCUGGCCGUUGCCUCGGCGUCAGGUGGUGUUUUAUCCCACCUUGUUUAUUUCAUUCAUGGACACAGGUCUAUGGAAGCGCCCAAGAUUGUUGGGUUCUACAUAGUCGCAGUGUGUUUACUAUGGAUGCGGUGCAUUCAUUUACAAGGGGCGGUCCAUGGAGCCUCAAACGCUGGCAUCAUAUCGGCGUCUUAUUUUUUAGGACUCUUCACUAGUAUUCUAGUAUAUCGCAUCUUCUUCCAUCGCUUAAGGCGCUUCCCUGGACCGUUUGCAGCAAAAGUCACAAAACUGUACGGACCAUAUACAGCUCUGGAUAGGAAACCACACCUUCACUGGUCCAAGCUUUUCGACAAAUAUGGAGACAUCAUACGAAUUGGCCCUAAUGAGCUCAUGGCUCUAUCGAUAGACGCUCAGCAGAAGAUUCAUGGAGCAGGAUCACCAUGUUCAAAGCAGAACUCAGCCUACGAGUCCGUGAACUAUAAGGGCCACCCAAAUCUUGAUACCAUCUUGAACCACAAGGACCAUCGUUGGAGAAGACAGAUCUGGGACAAGGCCUUUAGCACCAAAUCUCUAGAAACAUACGAACGCAACGCUCGUGAAGUAGUAUACGAAUGGCUAGAGAAAUUGAAAUCGCUUCAGGGCCAGCCCAUCAACACCUCACUAUAUUCCACUUUGAUACCAUUUGAAAACAUGGGCCGAAUGGGAUUUUCAGCCAGUUUCGGAUCAAUCAAAGCGGGCAAAGAAGAUGACAUGUUACACUACCUUGAAGUCACUCUGGGUACCCUUGCCAAGCUUGGACUGUUAUGGUGGCCGAUUGCUUUGAUGAAUGCCAUCGGUGGCAGUAAUGAUCUCAUCAAGUUCCAAAAAUUAGCUUGUCAGAUGGUAGACAGAAGAGGAGAGCAAGCAGAUGACGAACAUGAAGAUAUAAUGAAAUAUUUCCUCGAAGAUUAUCACUCCAAGGAACCCAAAACUAUGCACCAUAUUGACGACAUAUACUCGGACGCCCAAGCUGUUAUGACUGGUGGAACUGACACUAUUGCAGCCGUAUUGUCAUUCGCAUUUUACUAUAUUGCACGAGAUCCCACCGUCCAAGACAAGCUGCGUUCAGAACUGCAACCAUUAUUUGGGCGUACAGCACCUGGCGAAUUUACGAACCAUGACUUGGGUGAGGCUGCGGCGCCAUACUUGAACGCCGUGAUUAACGAGACGAUGAGAGUGGAUAAUCCAACUUGCGCCAACGGACCUCGAAUGAUGCCACCUGAGGGACUCGAAAUUGAUGGCGUUUUAAUUCCUGGAGAAACACUAGUUUAUGUGCCAAUAAAUUCUAUGCAUAGAAGCGCGAAAUAUUUUAAAGAGCCAGAUAGCUUUAUCCCCGAAAGGUGGACAACACGACCUGACCUAGUAAUCGACAAGCGGGCAUUUCAUCCUUUCCUCCUCGGCCCAUACAAUUGUGUAGGGAAGAGACUGGCUAUGAUUGUGAUACGGUUCACAAUAGCGUAUACAGUUUGGAAUUACGACUUCAAGUUUGCUCCUGGAGAGGAUGGGACUUCGAUCCACCGAGAUAUGAUAAACCAGGCAAUUUUGAAAGCCGGUGGUCUGCAUUGUGUAUUUAAUAAGAGAGCUUAA